GGCGCAAACGCGACGUGAAACGAUGGCUGAGCUGCAUGUGAUCGGACAGAUUCGUGGGGCAAGCGGGUUUCCCGAUCCCUCGCUGUUUUGCAAAUGGCAGUUUGUCCAUGGAGGAGGGUGGCGCGUGCUGGAGGGCCAAGUUCAGGGACAGACGCAAGUGGAUACCCCAGCUGGCAGUGAUGCCACCGUUUUUGGUCACCCGCUAGACAUCCACUAUGCCACGCAGGGCAUGCAAGGCUGGCCCAAGCUGCAGGUCGAGGUUUGGCAUCAAGAUGAUCUCGGUCGCAACGACUUGUACGGUUAUGGGUUUGCGCCCAUCCCAAUGACACCUGGCACCCACGACCUCGUGUGCCAUUGCUGGCGCCCUGCCGGAUCGGCAUUGGAGAGCCUACGCGGGCGUCUCGUGGGUGGUGGUUAUCAACUUGGCAAGACGGAUAUUGUUCAUACUCAAGCCGACCGCUUCAAGCUGAAGACGGAAACCAUGGGAUGCGUGCAAAUCCGAGUUAGCCUGCUGAUGCGACACUUUCAAAAGUAUGGCAUUGAGAUGUAG